UCGCGAUAACUCCUCAACUCUACCUUUAUAAUCACCACCAUCGCCCCUCCCAUCAACCUCAUUCACCUCUCUUAAGCCUUCUCCAACGAAAUAACAACCUGCAAUCAUGAAUCCAGAGUAAGUCCCUUCAACAUGUCCUUCGAUCAGAGAUACAUGAGCGCAAGCGACUAUUACCCUCUCCGCGAAUCAUACCACAACCUUACUCACGAACUUGGCAGAUACGACUACCUCUUCAAGCUCCUCCUCAUCGGAGACUCUGGUGUAGGAAAGUCCUGCUUGUUGCUGCGAUUUGCAGAUGAUACCUACACGGAGAGUUAUAUCUCGACUAUUGGUGUUGACUUUAAAAUCCGAACGAUCGACCUGGAUGGCAAGACUGUGAAGCUACAAAUCUGGGAUACUGCUGGCCAAGAACGUUUCCGAACCAUCACAUCAUCCUACUACCGAGGCGCCCACGGCAUCUGCGUGGUCUACGAUGUUACAGACAUGGACUCAUUCAACAACGUCAAGCAAUGGCUGCAGGAGAUUGACAGAUAUGCUACAGAGGGCGUCAACAAGCUGCUCGUAGGCAACAAGAGCGAUAUGUCAGACAAGAAAGUGGUGGAAUACACAGUUGCCAAGGAGUUCGCCGACAGCCUUGGUAUCCCAUUCCUUGAGACCUCAGCCAAGAACGCCAGCAAUGUCGAGCAAGCCUUCUUAACCAUGGCACGCCAGAUCAAGGAGAGAAUGGGAACUACGACUGCAAACAACAAACCUACAGUGCAAGUUGGGGCCGGCCAGGGUGUUCAAUCGGGAUCGGCCGGUGGCUGCUGCUAAACGUCUUUCUCCUCUUGCUUGUGCUAUGAACGAUACGGAACGGCCGGUUGUCUCC